AUGGCCGCCAUCACAUCACUGCCCAGGUCGGAGUGGCCUUCCACCUCGCUGCGCGCCAUGUUUCUGUACGACACCGACCACCCAGUAUCCCUCGAGGCCUCAGUCGUGGCCGCUGAUAGGAGCCACUCGACAUACAUCGUCACCUGCCCGUCGACAUGCGAGACAUCCGACUUUCCAGAGCAAACCAUCACGCAUAUCGGGGGAUCUUCAUGGCUGGGCGAGCGAACUUGGGAUGGUACGACCACGCGCUGGGGUUGCAGGCUCGGCAACGGGGGCAGAGACAUUCUCACGGACCAGUACGGCUGGUGCAGCGCAGUCACGGCGGCUAAGGGCGAGGCCACCGAGUUCCCAAAGUCGACGGCAGUGAACACGUGCUACGUCUCUAUCCGUUCGGUCCCGGCAAUCAUCACGGCGGGCAUGGACAAGAUAUACAAGGACGCCGGGUACUAUGACCUAGGGUUUGACGCAGACGAUUGGGUCUCGGGGUACCCUUUGGAGCUAUCGUCGAAGGGCUGCCUGACGACGGCGACAACGACUACAGAGGGAUCAAAGUCGACGGCUGAGCCAUCCAAGGAGGGGGAUGAGUCCAAGACGGCUCGCGAGACUGGGUCAGCGGCGGAGGCUACAACGACUGGAGAAGCAGAAGCGGAUAACACUGUAGCAUCAACAACUCCGACAGAGACGGCGAACAAGUCACCAAAGAUGUCCGUCAAUAAGUUGGUCGUUAUGGGCUCUUUGUUGCUGGGAGCAUGGGCUUGUGCCUAA